UACCAAACAAAUUGGAUUUAAUAUGUUGACAAUUUAAUAUAAUUAUUGUCAAGUUUCAAGAGUGUUUGUUACUUAGUAUUUGCUCAAUUAAAUUAGUCAUAUAGUGUCCAAUUGAUAUUGAGGCCACUAACCAGUUAAAAUAAAUUUUUCUUAAAGACAAGAUAAAGAAAUAAUUUCUAAAAAUGGCAACAUUAGAAGAUAAAAUAUUGGGUGAAAAAAAAGAGUAUUAUUGUAGUUCAGAUGAAGAAGAAGGAAAUGAUUCUGGUGAUUCUGAUAAGGAUAAUGAUCAAAAAGCAACUUGUGCAAAUGAUGAAUCAACAGCAACAUAUGAAGUUAAUAAAUGGGAUGGUACAUCAAGUAAUACUGGACCAAAAGGUGUUAUAAAUGAUUGGCAAAGAUUUAAACAAUUAGAAAAAGAAAAACGUGAACAACAAGAAAAAGAAAAUAUUAAAUUAAUUAAAAAGCUUACAUUAACUUGUCAAAGUGUACUUGAUGAAGAAAAAGAAAAAUUAAAAAAUACUGAUCCAGAUUUAGCUGAAUUAUUUGAUGAUGAUUUUUUACUUGAAUAUCAACGUAAAAGAAUGGCUGAAAUGUUUAAAAAUUCAAAUAAUUUAUUAUUUGGUAGUUUAAUUAAUUUAUCAAAUGGUGAUGAUUUUUUAAAAGCCAUUGAUGAUGAAGAUAAAUCAGUGACAAUUGUUGUUCAUAUUUAUGAAAAAAAUGUUGCUGGAUGUCAAGCAAUGAAUGGCUCUUUAAUAACACUAGCAACCGAAUAUCCAACUGUUAAAUUUUGUAAAAUUCAAGGCUCAGCAGCAGGUUUAAGUAAACAUUUUAAAAAACAAGGAGUUCCUGCAUUAUUGAUUUAUAAAAAUGGACAAGUUAUUGGAAAUUUUGUUCAUGUAACUGAUACACUUGGUACUGAUUUUUAUGCAUCAGAUGUUGAAAGUUUUUUACUUGAGCAUGGACUACUUGUUGAUAAAACUUGUGUACCAAAAAUAAUCAGAGAUUCAAAUGACAAUGAUGACGAUGACAGUGAUUAAAUUUAUAUAUAAAAAAUAAAAAUAAUAUAAACUAAUAAUGUAUUAAUAAAAAAUUCAUCAUUCAUUUAAUAUUUAUAAA